UUAAAAUGAGGAACCCGGGGAGUUUCGCUGUUUAGUUUCUCAUCGCUACGCUUUAACAGCAAUGCCUGAGCCGAAAGCUGCUCCUGCUCCUAAGAAGGGCUCUAAGAAAGCCGUUUCUAAGAGCCAGGCGAAGGGAGGAAAGAAACGCAGAAAGUCCAGGAAGGAAAGUUAUUCCAUCUAUGUGUACAAGGUACUGAAGCAAGUUCAUCCCGAUACGGGCAUUUCUUCUAAGGCAAUGGGAAUCAUGAAUUCGUUUGUGAACGACAUCUUCGAGCGCAUUGCCGGAGAGUCUUCUCGGUUGGCUCAUUAUAACAAGCGCUCCACUAUUUCUUCCCGGGAGAUCCAAACUGCUGUGAGGCUCCUGUUACCUGGUGAGUUGGCCAAGCACGCUGUGUCCGAGGGCACCAAAGCAGUUACCAAGUAUACCAGCUCCAAAUAAACUGCCUGAAUUCUGCUUAAAACCAACGGCUCUUUUCAGAGCCA